AUGACUAUGGACAACAUCGACCUGUCCAGUGGGUGGCCCAACCCCGCGCUGCUCCCCGCCAACCUACUCCGCACCUCCGCCACGGCCGCCCUCACCAACCCCUCCGUCAAGGACACAGCCCUACACUACGGGGCCGACGAGGGCUAUGAAUCUCUACGAGCGCACAUAGCCGCGUGGCUGAGUACCUUCUAUCAGCCUUGCGCACCGGUCACCCCCUCCCGGAUCUGCAUCACCGGCGGCGCGAGUCAGAACCUCGCCUGCGUCCUCCAAGUGUUCACAGACCCCAUUUACACCCGCAAUGUAUGGAUGGUGGCACCGACCUAUUUCCUGGCCGCGCGUAUCAUGGACGACGCCGGCUUCGCCGGCCGCCUGAGAGGGAUCCCGGAAGAUGACGAAGGCAUCGAUCUGGACUUCUUGGAAAAGGGUCUUCAGGCCGCGGAGGCAGCAGCCCAACACGAGGGCAAUACCCACCCGCUGAAACCCGCCAGGCCCUGGCGUAAGAUCUACAAGCAUGUCAUCUAUGCAGUGCCGACGUUCGCCAAUCCAUCCGGUCAGAUCAUGUCGCUGCGGCGGAGGGAGGGUCUGGUUCGGAUUGCCCGGCGAUACGAUGCGCUCAUCCUCACGGACGAUGUGUAUGAUUUCCUACAGUGGUCGCCGGAGCCAGAUGGGCCGUUUGCCGAUCGUGCGUGCGUCCCGCGCAUCGUCGAUGUCGAUCGGUACCUGGAUGGUGGCCCGAUCGAUGAAUGGGGACAUGCAAUGAGCAACGGUAGCUUCAGCAAGCUCAUCGGCCCGGGAGUCCGAACCGGCUGGGCCGAGGCGUCGGAUAAGCUGGCUUACGGAUUAUCCCAGACUGGCUCUUCACGAUCAGGAGGUGCGCCUUCACAUCUGACCGCCGCCAUCAUCGACCAGCUCUUCCCGGACGCAAUCGCUGACCAUCUACGGAACGAUCUAAUCCCCAGCUACGCGAGCCAGUACCACACCCUGGUCGCUGCCAUCGACCAGUACCUCGUCCCGCUCGGCGUCACGGUCUCCCGGCUCGGAACCGUCUCGGGAGGCUACUUUAUCUGGAUUAAGCUCCCAGCAGGAGUCCACGCCACUCAAGUGGCUGAGCAGGCGCAAGAGGCGAAGGUCCGAGUAGCCUCCGGAGUCGUGUUCCAGGUGCCUAACGACCCGAGCGACACACCGGCUGUAUUUGACGAUCACCUGCGCCUCUGCUUCGCUUGGGAAGCCUCGCGGCAGUUGACGGAAGGCGUGCGUAGACUAGCGCGCGUUUUGGAGCGUAUGAGUACCGGUACUAUUACUUGUACGCAAUAG